UGUGUGUUUUGAUUGGUGUGGCUGCAACCGGACGGUUGUUAGUAAGAAUUGCAGCAGAUCUUCACCAGCAAGACACCGCUCAUGCUUGUAGCUAUAGAAAUGUGAUGGAUUAGAAAAUUAUGUGCUUCGGUUGUCAUCAUGUUUCCCGGAGUUUUCUAUGCAUUGCUUGCGGGUUUUCUAGGCGCCGUCGCGUCGUCGUCGGCGAAGCUGUCUCUAGGAGCCGAUUACCUAAAAGGUGUAUGUGAAACCGGAAUGAGGACGUGGGGAGAGCAGCGGAAAUUUAGACAAGCGGACGAAACUACCGCUUGUGACUGGCUGCACAUCCCGUUGCGUCUUCUGUGCGGUGGCCUGUUGUUCACUUGCAAUGCCGUGAUGUGGACGUUUCUGGCCAAGGCCCUCAGGUACUCCUCCUCCUCCACCCGAACUACUGUGACCACCACAGCCUCCAACUUCAUCUCCUCCGCAUUUCUUGGCCAGCUAAUCUUCGGGGAGACCCACAUUACGUUGUGGUGGGUGGGGGUCUCUCUCACUUUCUCUGGCCUCCUGGUCCUGCAGAGGGGCUCUCCUCACGACGGGCAGAGAGUUGUCGCUAAGAAGAACGAGUGAACUGACACUCAUACCAACGGCACAACUCACCGGGACAAUUCACUGGUGAAGAAGAGAGAUGGGAAAGAAAUAAUGAAAAAUAAUAAUAGUAAUGCAAUCUUUCUGACGAUGUAUCAAGCAUUCCUUUUUCUUGGGUGAUGGAUGUGUAGGUCUUUGGGUAAAGAUAGUCACUGUCAGAUAGCUCCCAAUGGGGUAUUACUCCACAGCUGGGUAACGGGGUAGAGGGAAUCAUCCACAACCAGGGGAUGAACAGGGGAGUCAGGUGGCCGAGCGGUGAGGGAAUCGGGCUAGUAAUCCGAAGGUUGCCAGUUCGAUUCCCGGCCGUGCCAACUGACGUUGUGUCCUUGGGCAAGGCACUUCACCCUACUUGCCUCGGGGGAAUGUCCCUGUACUUACUGUAAGUCGCUCUGGAUAAGAGCGUCUGCUAAAUAACUAAAUGUAAAUGUUUGUUCCCCAUUGAAAUGCCGAGCGACUUAUUUCACAAAGCUUUAUUUUAUGUAUUUCGUAAGAUAACGACACUCACUGUAAAGUCUCUCACCACCGCGUUGAUGCAUGUUCAAGGUGAUGUUUGAGCUGAGUCUGUGAGCCAACCAAAACAAGCCGUAGCUUGUUCAUUUACCUAUUCAAGGUUCUCAAAGAUGAUGACACACAGCUAUGGCCGUACCGUGUCCCGUCAAGAUGUAACCUAUCAAAGAGCGCCACUAGUUUGCUGGAUUGUGUCGACAUUUGUCCUUGCCUCGAUGACAGAUGUUUGCAAUUUUCCUGAACCCAGAUAAAUCACACCAAAGUGUACCAAAAUGGCGAUCAACUUCUAGGAUCCAGACGCCAUCUAUGAUGGUCAUGAUAUUAACUAAUGUAAUUCCAUUUGACCUGACCUUUUCGAACAUAAAAAUAAGAAGAUUGCAACUAAACCUUAUUUAAAGAGUCUUUGUCGUUAUCAGGGUUGGCACUAAAUUGCCUUCCUGAUGAACCUUUGCCAGCAGCUUAUUCCUUAGUUUUACAGUGAAAACCUGAUCAAAACUAAUCUUGCUCUUGAGGAAGGCACAAUCUUUCCUUCAGUGUCCCUGGAGAGGUGAAGAGGCUCCUGAACACUGACAGGCUACUGUCCCCGCUUGGUUCUCUGCAUGCUCGUCCUCCAACAAUGAUCUCCAAUACUCCAUAACACUGUGACGUGAAAUAUCGGGAGGGCUCUUGGAGUCGGAACAGCAACACUACAGCAAGAACGACGACAGUUGCAGCUGUGGAAGGGAGUUUGGUGUUCCCCGACAGCGAUCACACUUUGCUGUUGUUUCUGAUACAUAUCAAUCCUCAUAUGCAUGCAACAUUAAAUGGUAGCUAUAACAACUGUAGCUAUGAGGACUCUGUAUCCAGCUGACGAUCUCACACUAUGAAAUCAGUAGUCUUUCCAGCUGCAGCCUAGUCUGCAAGUUUCGUAUCGUGUGAUUUGAAAUACAAUAGAGUACUUCCCUGGAAAUGUGAUUAUAUCUAUGCUAUCGAGCUAUCUGUUCAGGAGACACUCGUGUUGAUGUUUCUCCAGUUAAUCAGAUCUGCGACAAAUACUAUUUAAAUCCUCACAAAUACUCUUUGAUCGUUUGCUUGUGCCUGCUUGGAGUCUUAGAUGAGUAGUCAUGGCGCCUGAGGUCCAUGUCGUUGGAUCUACCAGGCAAGCUCAAUCAAGCACAGAUGGAAGUCUUUGAUAGGAAUUAAAAUACUAUCGGUCUGCUGUUUCAUCUGAGGUUUAAACCUGUGAAAUCCACCUUUAGUUUAGAGGAGAAAUCACUGGAUUGAAGUAGUAUCAUUUCAUGAAUAUUCUCUUUAUUUACACUUCAUGCAAGAGUUGAUUGUUUAUCUAUAUGUAACCAUAUACUGUGUGGAUAUAAACUAUUAAGAUUAGACAAGGAAGCUUAUAUUAUACAUAUAGUGACCUUUAAAGCUGUGUGUUUUCAAGAUAAUUCCAGCACAAGCAAUCAAAGUAAAGCAAAUGCUGUACAUAUACAGUUUACAUUAACAAGAGCCAGAAAUCAGUUAAACCUCAAAUGGUUACUUAAAAAAAUAAAAUAAACACUCAUUGUUACAAAAUGCCUCAGUUAUAGUGUUUGGUAAGGGGUCAAGUAUCAGUAAAUGUAAGGCAGAUAUUAACACUUCAUAACAGCCACGUGUCUGCACACACUACCAGAGAUUGGGUAAACCAAGGUAGUGACGUGUAUGCACUGAUGGUCUGUCAUAUCUUAUGUACAAUGUUGGAAAUUUACAUUUGUAAGAGUGUAAAUAUUUUCUAUCAACAGAAAAAAAAAAAAAAAAACGUUUUAUGGACAUGUAAUAAGUUGUCUCAUACAAGUUUGAGAUGCACAAUGUUUGAAUAA